UGAAUAGGCUAUUUAUAUCUUAAAUUGAAUUGAAAGAAUAUAUAUAGAAAGGUGUACAUGCUGUACGGUAAACGUUGUCAUGGAGUAUUUGUUUAAGGUAGUGAUCGGAUAUAGCAAAUAAAGCUACAAAGACUGUUUGCUCUAAAGAUGGAUCUGCAAAAGCUGUUUAUUCUAUUUUUACUGCUGUUCAGUGUUAUCACCUUACUUCUAUACAUCAAUUCGAGAUCUGGCAAUGUAACAAUUAGCUCCCAAGUGUUUCCUGUAAUUGCUAAUGGCACACGAAAGAACAAUUUCAUUUCAAAUAUAGAGGACAACGUUUCAAGGAAUAAGAAUGGUUCACCAGAUUCAAAUACAUUUAAUAUGAAUGUUAAUGUAAAUGUAACUCUUAAUGACUUAUCCAAUACAGUAAACGCUAUUCUGCAUCACUUGGAAACAGUUCAAGGUAAAAGGACAUUUGUCACGAAUGAGGUUAAAGAAAAUAUAGACGCAGCUGUUACAACAUCUGAUAUGAAGAAAAAUGAAGGAUACAGUAAACUAUCAACAGAAGUAAAGUAUAUAUUGACAUUGUUUUCGACGUGGAGAAAGGCGAAUGAAACUAAAUACAUACAUAGAAAUACGUUGAGAAACUGGGCCAGUUUUAAACCAUCAGUGAAUGUUAUCAUUUUCACCAACGAUGUCGAUGUUGCCAAAAAAGCCAAAGCAUUCGGAUGCCAAGUAUCAAAAAUCCCCAAAACGACUUCAAGUGGAUUGCCAAUUUUGAAGCAUAUGUAUCUAGAAGCCAUGCGAUAUUCAGACUCAUACUUUUACGGAUUUGCUAAUUCAGACAUAUUAUUUACAGAUGGGUUAUUGUUAACUCUACUGACACUAACGUAUAAAAUGAGGGACAUGUUCAUUUCAAGUCCAAUUUUAGUGACAGGAAAUAGGUGGAAUGUCCCAAACAUUACAGAAAAUGAGAUAUUGAGACGUAAAGACAUCGAGGAGAUGAUAAAGCAUAGAGGCAGCUUCUUUGCGAUUUCAGCAGAGGAGUACUUUAUAUUAAGUUACAAUUAUCCUUGGAGUGACAUACCAGACCUUGCCAUUGGAGUGGUUGCAUACGAUAAUUGGCUGGUUAUGAAUGCAAGAAUGAAAGGUCAUUAUACCAUAGAUACAACAAAGACAAUACUUGUUUUACACCAAGACCUUGACAACUACUAUUACAGGUCCCACUUUCGGAAUGAAUCUACAUAUAACAAAAACCUGUUGAAAAAUUUGUAUCAGACAGAAAUACCUUACCAUAAGGGUUUUGCAAACUGUAUUGAAAUGUACACUGAUUUGUUAAAUGAUUCUGUUGUAAUAGAAAAACGUAACGUCGACAGGUAUUGUAAUGAAUAAGGCGGUUAAAACGUCCAAAAUACCUACUGUUGUAAUUUGAAAUGAUACAUUUACAAUGCAUUUAUAAAAAUUUACGCAUUUUAUAUCACCUGAUCAUAAUAGUGACAUAGUUGUACAUUGAAAUUUUUUACUAAAACAGUGUCGUGGUCUAACGGAAUAGUAUAAUUGCAUGUUAUUUGUUUUUAAAUAUCCGACCCACUAUUUUUACAUAGCUACAAUUGGAAUAAAUUGCGUGCAUAGUCAUAAAACAAAACCCUUAAGCAGUAUAUCUAUGGAUUCAGAUAUGAUGGAUGUGUACAAACAAGUUCAUAGAUAAAGUAUAUAAUAGACAAACAAACAAAGGGAAAAAAGUUUAAACUGACCUUGAGCUGUCAAGUGAAAUUGAAAAAAAAGGGAAACUAUGAUCACUCGUAGACCCGAGUGAUAUUUUGUUUCCCAUAAGAACGAAAAAAAUGGGUUAUUGUACAAUAAGUCACACUUGGGAACUUGCUAUUUCGAUUCUAACACGACAUACUAGUAUCAACAGUGUUAGAAAAAAAAAAGGUAACUAUUUUUUACGAGCUUGAUACGCACCUGGAUCGGAUGAUGUCAUUGAACGCGAGUGGUUUAUUGCAGAAUAACCCGAGAUAGAUUUUGCUCUGCAUAUAUGUAGGUCAUUUGCUGGUCGUGUUUGAAUAGCAAAUAAGUAAACAGUAUUUUUCUUGUGUC